CACAUCCACAUCUUUUCCCACGCACGGUAUCCGUAUUGUUGCUGCUCGAGCCUCGCUUAUCUCAGCUCCUCUCCCUCUCCCGCCCAUUGUCCCCACCCACAUCCUCGUCGCCGCCACCCGGUACACACGCGCCAUCGCGAUCCACCCAAGCUGGCAGGUAACAGGCGCCGGAGCGCCCAGGGCGGCUUGCUCUCGAAGAUGUUCGGGAAUGCAAAGGACGACGAAGGUUCCGCCAUCGACACCCCUGCAGGCAAUGACGCGCCCAGGCCCGCCGCCGCACCCACAACGGACAACGCAGCGGCGGCGGGCUCCAACACCGCGAGCAACGGCUCUGCGCCCGGCGACCGCAAGGGCAGCGAUGCGGCUGCUCCUCCCGAGCGGAAGCGACGCAGCAGCGGCGUGUCGCGUGCCCGGGACAUGUUCUCGAGCGCCAAACAGUCAUUGCACAUUGGCGGCUCGUCUCCCACGUCGACGUCUUCCUCGACCACGACGUCGGAAAAGUCGUCUGCCCAAACCCCCAUGCAGAAGCUAGGCAAGUCGGACGCUGCUCUCAGCGUGCCCCAGGGCUCGCUCAACAACUCUGCCGGCGAGUCCGCCCCGGGCCCGCGAUCCACGUUCCGCGUCGGCGUCACCGAGGACAAGAACAAGAAGUGCAGACGGACCAUGGAGGACACACAUGCGUACCUAUACAACUUCCUCAGCACCCCGGCCCCCUCGUAUGGCAACGACAAGCCCCGCGCCGUCUCGGAUGCAAGUUCGGUCCAGUCUGACCCGUUGUCGCAACCCGUCGUCGAGAGCGACAAUGGCUACUUUGCCAUCUUUGACGGCCACGCGGGUACUUUUGCCGCCGAUUGGUGUGGGAAGAAGCUUCACUUGAUUCUGGAAGAAACGAUCCGAAAGAACCCUAAUACGCCGAUACCCGAACUCCUCGACCAAACCUUCACUGUCGUCGACCAGCAGCUGGAAAAGCUGCCUUUGAAGAACAGCGGCUGCACUGCCGUCAUUGCCGUUUUGCGCUGGGAGGAUCGAGUGCCUAACUCGCAAUCGUCCACUGGCUCCGUCCUCUUUGCACCCGCCGCAGUAUCGGCCAUCAAGCACGCUGGCGAAGGCGGCGAGAACAAAGAAGGCGCAGAUGCUGCUACCUCGGAGCCUUCAACCGAACAACAAGUCGAGGCCAGGUUACGAAGUGAGGCCAGCCGGCAACGCGUCCUGUACACGGCGAAUGUGGGCGACGCGCGCAUUGUCCUUUGUCGUAAUGGCCGGGCUCUUCGCCUUUCGUACGACCACAAGGGCAGCGACGAGAACGAAGGACGUCGUGUUGCAAGUGCUGGCGGUUUGAUACUCAACAACCGUGUCAAUGGCGUCCUCGCAGUCACACGCGCCUUGGGCGAUGCGUACAUGAAGGACCUGGUGACAGGACAUCCGUACACCACGGAGACGGUUAUCCAGGCCGACCAGGACGAGUUCCUUAUUCUUGCCUGCGAUGGUCUCUGGGAUGUCUGCUCCGAUCAGGAGGCCGUAGACCUCAUCCGCCACAUUCACGAUCCCCAAGAGGCUUCAAAGAAACUCGUCGAUUACGCCCUUGCGCGCUUCUCCACCGAUAACCUCUCGUGCAUGGUCGUACGGUUCGACAACAAAGCCCUCCGCCAGCGAAAGAACGAGGCCACGACAAGCUUGGACCAAGAUCAGGCGGCUAUGAAAGGCGGCAUUACCGAGGCCGACUCCAUCGUGGCACAGGCAAGGAAAUCGAUUGGCGAGCCCGACGUGUCAGUCGAACACGCGGCACAGGAGAUUAUCAUGGAGGAAACCGAGGCUGAGCCAGGUCCUGAACUGAGCCUCGAUGCGGCGAAAGCAGCUCGGAAAAAUGACGUAUAGCCAGGGAGGUUUAGGUCUGCUGGGUGAAGUUGGUGGUUGGGAGCGUGUCACGCGCGACUGAGGAGACGCAUAGCGAUAAUGGGAAAGUGUGUAUAGCUUGUAGACGUGCCGUGGAUGUACUGGGCCUGUUCCGAAUGCGUUCCCUAGGUCAGCGCUAUCUCAGCGCUUAUUGCUUCAAAUUCGAAAUCAAUCAAAGUUGAAACAU